CCGCGAGGCAGCUGCCAUGUGAUGCGCGUCCCCUCCGCGAGCUCUCCGUGACCCCCGAACCGCCCGCCGCGCCGCCGCCGGGAGGGGCCGCCGGCCGAGAGGACGCGAAGUUCCCGGCGAGCUGUCUGCCACAGGAGGUAAGGGCUCCAGGAACAAGGAGUCUUGAAGAGCUGCUUCACAUUGUGACAUGUCUGAUCCCUUGCACCCAUCCCUGCAGCAUGAACAAGAUUGAACAUGACCAACCACCUCACACUCCUGCUGCCAUGAUUUCCUCACCGUGAUGUCCUGCAGGGAGGAUCUUUUUGGUGGACACUCACUGAUCUAUCAUAAGGUUACCCUGCCAAGCUUUGGGGUCCAUGUCUGAAUGGAUUGCUGUAGCCUUCUCAUCUCAACCUUUUCCCAGUUCCCUGCAUCCUAAGACUCAAAGCCAGCACAGAAUCUGGAAUAAUUAUAUGGUGUGAACGGCAUGUCUGUGGAUGAGAAGCCUGACUCCCCCAUGUAUGUAUAUGAGUCCACAGUCCACUGUGCCAACAUCCUCCUGGGCCUCAAUGACCAGCGGAAGAAGGACAUUCUCUGUGACGUGACUUUGAUUGUGGAGAGGAAGGAGUUCCGAGCCCACCGGGCUGUUCUGGCUGCAUGCAGUGAAUACUUUUGGCAGGCAUUGGUUGGACAGACAAAAAAUGAUCUGGUGGUCAGCUUGCCUGAAGAGGUCACAGCCAGGGGCUUUGGGCCACUGUUACAGUUUGCCUACACUGCCAAACUGUUACUCAGCAGAGAAAACAUACGUGAGGUCAUUCGCUGCGCUGAGUUCCUACGCAUGCACAACCUGGAAGACUCCUGCUUUAGCUUCCUGCAGACCCAACUCCUGAACAGUGAGGAUGGCCUAUUUGUGUGCCGAAAAGACAAUAUGUGCCAGUGCCCAAAUGAGAACCAUGGGAAUUCCACAGGAGAAGAAGAAGAGGAGGAGACGAUGGAUUCAGAGACAGCCAAGAUCGUUUGCCCUAGGGACCAAAUGCCUCCAGAUCCCAUCAACUUUGAAACCACUGCCAUCCCAGUAGCAGAGAAGGAAGAAGCCUUGCUACCCGAGUCUGAUAUGUCCACAGACACCAAGAACAACUCAGAAAAGGACAUGUUGAUGCAGUACCCUAGAUACAAGAAGUACCAGCUUGCAUGUACCAAGAAUGUGUAUAAUGCAUCAUCACACAGUACCUCAGGUUUUGCAAGCACAUUCAGUGAAAAUAACCCUGGCAAUAGCCUCAAGCCAGGGAUCUUCGUAGGGCAGAUUAAAAGUGAGCCACCCAGUGAAGAUAAUGAGGAAGACAGCAUCCCACUCUGUCUGUCUGGAGAUGAAUCUGACCUCAAGGAUAGAGCAGUUCAUGUGGAGAUGGGCCAUAAACAGCCCAGCCCUGGACCCACUCCCAAACCCCCUGCAGGAGCCACCUGCCUGGAUAGAUCCAGGAGUGUGUCCUCACCUUCCUGUUUAAGAUCUCUAUUUGGUAUAACAAAAGGUGUGGAGUUGCCUGGCCUGCCCGGUACAUCUCAACAGCACUUUGCCAGGAGCCCAGCAUGCCCUUUUGACAAGGGGAUCACUCAGGGUGACCUUAAAACUGACUACACCCCUUUCACAGGGAAUUAUGGGCAGCCUCAUGUGGGCCAAAAGGAUGUGACCAACUUCUCAAUUGAGUCACCACCGCUCAAGGGACCUGAGCUUGAGGCUCUCUGUAAACAGGAAGGAGAGCUGGAUCGGAGGAGUGUAAUCUUCUCUUCAAGUGCUUGUGACCAAGUGAGCACUCCAGUGCAUUCAUAUUCUGGGGUGAGCAAUUUGGACAAAGACCUCUCUGAGUCGGUGCCAAAAGGUCUGUGGGUGGGAGCUGGUCAAUCUCUCCCCAGUUCACAGGCCUAUUCCCACAGUGGGCUGAUGGCUGACCACUUGCCAGGAAGGAUGCGGCCCAACACCAGCUGCCCAGUGCCAAUCAAAGUCUGCCCUCGCUCACCCCCUCUGGAGACCAGGACAAGGACUUCUAGCUCCUGUUCCUCAUAUUCCUAUGCAGAGGAUGGGAGUGGGGGGUCACCCUGCAGCCUCCCUCUCUGUGAGUUCUCCUCGUCGCCCUGUUCUCAGGGAGCCAGAUUCCUUGCCACAGAACAUCAGGAACCAGGCCUGAUGGGAGAUGGAGUAUACAACCAAGUCCGACCCCAAAUUAAAUGUGAGCAGUCUUAUGGAACCAACUCCAGUGACGAGUCUGGAUCAUUUUCGGAAGCAGAUAGUGAGUCGUGUCCUGUGCAGGACAGGGGCCAGGAGGUCAAACUUCCUUUUCCUGUAGAUCAAAUCACAGAUCUUCCACGGAAUGACUUCCAGAUGAUGAUUAAGAUGCACAAGCUAACCUCAGAGCAAUUGGAGUUCAUUCAUGAUGUCCGGCGGCGCAGCAAGAACCGCAUCGCAGCUCAACGUUGCCGCAAGAGGAAACUGGAUUGCAUUCAGAAUUUAGAAUGUGAAAUACGAAAAUUGGUGUGUGAAAAAGAGAAGCUUUUGUCAGAGAGGAAUCAACUGAAAGCAUGCAUGGGGGAGCUGCUAGACAACUUUUCCUGCCUCUCCCAGGAAGUCUGUCGGGACAUCCAGAGCCCUGAGCAAAUCCAGGCCCUACAUCGUUACUGCCCCGUCCUAAUACCAGUGGAUCUCCCUGGAGCUUCCAGUGUUAACCCCCCUCUCUUAGGGGUUGACCAGAGCCUUGCAGCCUCCCAAUGUGUGAUGGGGGACAAUGCACCCCCAUGCUGCCUGGAGCCAGGGGCAGCUCCCCCUGGGCCUCCCUGGGUACCCAGCAACACCUCUGAAAAUUGUACCUCUGGGAGGAGGUUGGAAGGUACUGACGCAGGAACUUUUUCAGAGAGAGGACCUCUUCUUGAUCCCAGGAGCCAGUCAGUGACUGUGGACUUCUGCCAGGAAAUGACCGAUAAGUGUACGACUGACGAGCAACCCAGGAAAGAUUAUGCCUAAUGACUUUGAUAUGCUACCCAAUCCUCACACCUCUCCCAUCCAGGUGUUCUUCAGUCAGCCCAUCUGUUGUCUGAAAGAACCAAGAACAAAUUUGGUGCACACUACAGCAGUCUUAGCAGCAAUACUUUUCUGAAGUAUUCCCUCCUCUCUUCAAGCAGGAGUAAUAGUUACCUUCACAAUGGUGCUACACCUUGCUCUGGCAAGGAAAGACAACAGUGCUGACACUGUCUGUCUGUGGGUUAAUUUCAGACUUCACAGGGAUAAACUACAACACCUCUAGGACCCAACCACGGAUUUUUUUUUUCUCAGUGGCCCAUGUCACAAACCCUAUCUCAGGAAUUUCUUCUGAAUGUUCAAUUUUUUUCAUUGAAGACAGCUUCUAUACACAUCAAAGUUUUAUAGCUAGACUGUACAUAUUAUAUAUAAUAUAUAAGAAAUAUAUAUAUCCAUAUGCAAGUCCUGCAUGCCUCAAUUUUCUCAUUCUAAAACUGGAAACUUUGUUUCUCAUUUCCAAACAGGUUCCAACAUUCCUCUUCUUUUUUCUCUGAUGUUAGAACUACUUUGAUAACUACCAACAUGGUCAUUUUUUCAAUUUAAAUCUGUACUUAUUUAUAGACAAAAUUCAAUAUUUGAAGCUUUUUUUCAAGUUUUUAAUCUCGGACCCUUUUAUUUUUGUCUGGUUUGAUUUGGGCACUACCAAAUUUUAUCAUAUGAGCAUGUCUUUUUCUUUUUCUGUUGUUUUUCCUUGCAGAUACUGUACAGCAAUGGUCUCCUUUGCCACUUGCACUGAGUUUUCGGUCAAGCCUAUUUUCUUAAAUGAAAUUGUAACUUCAAUAAAACUCAAGUAUACUGUAUAUUCUUUGCUUUUAGUCAAAAUUUAAAACAUUUUAGCUAAUUAUAAAGCACUCAGGUGAUAAUUAUGUAGGAAAAACAAUCUUGCCAAAUGACUUCAUCCUAGGAUGUGUAGACAACAAACUGCUUGAAUAUUUUUGUGUCUCACCUCCUCCCCAUCUUUCCCUUAAUUGCAGAUAGAGUUCAGAGUUGAUGCUGGAUGUUCAGAUUCCUAAGUGGGGAGAGAGUUUGAACAUCUCAUUCAAAAGUGUAUCAAAACAAUAAGAACCUAUAACUUUGUACCAGAACUUUACAAGCAUUGGCUCCUAGAAAUCAAAGUAGAGCAAGCAGUUCUGUUUCAUAGGAAGGGGCCCAUUCAUUCCAGCCUUCCAUCUGACCUCGGCUUGUUCUUAGAAAUGUCAUGCAGUAGGACCUUCUCCUCUGCAGGACACAGCUCACCAGCCACCAGGCUUUCCUGCCCAGGACUGGCUUCCUGGGACAACUUAGAAGCUGAGGGGUUCGAGUCACAGCCUCAGCUUAAAGUAGCAGCUCCCAAACUAAUGCAGCUCACUUAAAAGUAGAAGAGAGCAAGGCUGCUUCAUGCUUGAGAUGCACUGCAGUCCAGGCUGAUGUGUUCUUUCUCCUUUAAUUCUGCAAAUGCUGAGUUGCUAGUUGUCUAAAAGUAAUUUAGACUGGACAGCAUACCACCAGAAGUCUACUACCCUCUUCCCAAACACACACACACACACACACACACACACACACACACACACACACACUAUUUGUUUCUCCUGCUGCAAAACUGGUCUGCAAGCCAGGGAGAGCAUCUUCCCCAGCGCUAGGUUAUCCUGACCCCCAGCCACGUUUACAGUAAGGUUUACCCCAAGAAGGAAUCAGCUCCUCCUUCCAGUGGUUCCCACCUCCUCUCUCUCAGCAGCCUGAGGGCCGCUCCAGCCUAGCUGUGCAAGGUUGUCCAGAACAGUUUGAUGUGGGGAUGGGGUGGAGGGCAGUGGGGAAUAAAAUGGCUGACAUUGUUUCUUUAUUUGUGCCAUUGUUUUGGACAAUAUUAAAGCUGCAUGUAAAAGAAGAAAAUAGCAUAUGAUUAGUAGGCAAAAAGUGAAAUCAUAGUAACAUAUGUUCUAGUAUUAACUUUUUCUGUACAAAUAAUAGUGCUAAAUGUUUAAAUAUGUAUGAAUGCUAGUUUGUUGGUUUAUGCAGUAGGAUUUUUUUAAGGCUCUUCUUUUAAAAUAGGUCCACUUUUAAAACCUGACUCUGAGUUUUCAUUUUUACAGAGAGAGAGAGAGAGAGAGAGAGAAUGUGUGUUGGAGUUAACAUUUUUAUUAUAUUACAGGAGUUUUUUGGCCUAAUAGAAUAGUUCUGUGCUUCGCCAUGAGGUUUGCCUUCAUAGGAAAAUGGUGACAGCCAGGAUUUCAAGUCAAUGUGAAUCAUGUGAUAUUUCAUGGGCUAACUCCUCCACCUAUUGCAUGGAGGAAGCAGCAGACAGUAUUUUGUUUAUAAUUCUCUGGUUGCCUUUUUAAGUGACCUCUCCUCUUCUUUUAAAAAAGGAUUGUUUUCUGCUCAAGUCAUCACCAGGUACAGAUUUUUUCCUGGUAACAAUUCACAUGCAACUUGUAGUUUUGACCACAGACCAAGUUUCCCCAGGUUUCUGUUUUCAAUAGGUCAGAGCUAUUGGCAGCCAUUUCCAGGAGGCGGAGGGGGUCUCUUCAUUUCUCUCCACCCAGAUUCAGACCUCUUCUUGCCAUCAGCUUCUGCCUCAAUUUUUCUUCCUCUCCCUACACCCCAAUCUCUGCCAUUGGCAAUGGGUUAAAACAAAAUGAAAAAAUACCAUUGCUAUAAAAACUGUCAUUCUAUGUUGCAGGUAUUUUUAACAAGGAAUUUCAUUAGCUACUAUGAACAGCAACUGGCUGUGUGUGUUCAUGUGACAUAUCUGUGUCUUUUAAUAUUCUAAACCAUUGUUUGUCAGAAUUGUUUCUGGGUUGAUUCAAAGGAAGGACCAAAAGCAAAAUUCCUCAAAAUGAAUCUUAAAACCCUGUUUUCUUCACUGGGAUCCUUUAGUCAACUGCAUGCCUUUUAUGAAAAGGAAAAGUAAAAAGAACAGAAGAAAUAGUGUUUUCACAGUACAGUGAAAUUUAGCUAUAUUUUCAACGAUCCUUCCUAACAAAAAGAAAGAGCAGAGAAUCACUGUGACAGCCUGGUUGGGUCUCCCAGUGGCCAGGGCCAGCACAGGUGACGCAGACUCAUUAACAUUCCUCUUGAGCUCAGUCCUCCCUUUGCACCAGCCUUUGUACUCCCAUGUCUCUGAACAACCUCCUCCAUUCAGAUUGGUCAGGCUGUGGGCAAGUGAGUGCUCUGCUGUAUGUGUUCAUUGCUCUGCGUUUUCUAGGGGUGCCUUGAAUAAAAUCGAACUUCAUUACAUACUGAUUCUGGAACAAAACAGUUAUAGCAACUGUUUGAAAGCUAGUAAAGUUAUUAGGCAAUCCUGAUACUUCUCUUCUGGGUUCCCUAACAAUGACUCAAGCGUCAGGUGAUGCUGCAGUAUAAAGUGCUAUUUUGCAUGUUUUACAAGUAAUUUAUUUCUAAAGGUAUGCUGCUUUUUAAGAUGCACUAUAUUUUUUGGUGGAAUCCUUACAUUGCUUUCCCAAGGAAGUUUAAAAAGGCUAAUAACUAGUAUGUCAACUGCCACAUCUCCUUAAAGCAGCUUGAGAGGAACUUGCACGGUAAGGCUGGCUAAAGCCCACACUUUUUCCUCUAAUAUUUUAUGGUUGCCAUUAAAGGGGAAGGAGAGGAAGAAACAAACAGACAAGGUUUCAAAAGUAUAAACCUUCUAAGAAACGGUGGAGUUUUGCCCAGGAGCUGCUCUGUAUCUGUAGAGCAGUGUAAACCUCAAAAUGUGCCAUAGCCUGCUAAGCUAUUCAUGCCCCUAUUUGGCUACCUGUGUCUACACACCAAGCCAAAGCAAGCUAGGAGCUGUUCUUAUUUGACUUCAAAAUGCUCCACUGCUGCUUAUAGUUUAGGAGGACUCUUAGACCUAAAAGAGAGGAAGAAUGAAGAUUGUCCUCAAAUCACUGAAAGAAAACUAGAGAAAAAUAGUUCUCUUAAAAGAAUGAAGCUGUUUAUUGUAUCUGGAGUUAGUGUCCUUCCCAAGCUUGAGGAUUUUGUGUAGAUCCCAUUGCUGACAAGUCAGUCUGUGAUAUAAUAUCCUAUAUGGAGAUGGUAUUCACAAAAAAAGUCUAUGCAUGAAAGUAUAUAAUACUACCUGAUCCACCUCAUGACCCAAGCAUCAAAGACUGAUGCUGCAGAAUAUGAUAUAUUUGUGCAUAAAAGGUAUGUACAAAUAGCAUUUGCACAUAGAAGACUUGUGGCAGAUCAAGAAUAAAUUAUUCAACCAGUAAUGCAAAAAAAAAAAAAAAAACAUGACUUGCAAAGAAAAGGAGUGCACAGUAUUUUCCUACACUCCACUGU